AAAAGAAGAUGGCGACCGUCGUGUUGGCACAUCGUUGGUUCGGAUCAACUUUGUCGUCAUGACAGUAUAUAUUAUCUCAACCUUAGCAUAUAGAUAAGUAGAACACAUAUAAUGGUCCGUUGGCCUUUCAUUUUCACGUAGCAAAACCGAGAAUGUCAUGGAUAGGCGGAAGUCUAUCGAACCUGACGGGUCAGCUGUCCAACUUGACCAAAGAUAUUUUGACAGAGGGUACAGAAGAAAUAAGUGAUCAUGCUACAGAGCUGAGGAUAGCCCAGGAAAAGAUUACAGAGUGCCAGACUGUUAUAACAGCACAGAAAAAUGAGAGUGCCCGAUUUAAACAGAUCAUCCAUGAGCUUGAGGAGAAGGCUGAGUCUUCGGAGCUUCAGAUCAACAGUAUCUCAGCACAGUACAGAGGAGUACUGGAGGAGAAAGAGAAAGAGAUAAAUGUGCUAAAGCAGUCCCAGCAGGAAGCUUUCCAGCAUCAGCAACUGUCAGUCACCUCAGACUAUGGAGGCCACACAGGGCAAGCACACUCCAGCACAGGGUACCAUGGCAGUUUUGUGUCGGAUGACCUUGACUUUGGAGACAAUAUUGGCAUGCAGCAUGAGAUUAACCGCCUGACACAAGAAGCCCAACGUCUACGGUCUGAAUGUCAGCACUGGAAAUCAGUAGCACAAUCCAAUAAUUCAGAAAAGCAAGGUCAGCAGAAUUUGAAUGGAGCAACCUCUGAUGUGCUGGAACUGAAAAAGCAGUUAAAGGAGUUAGAAGAACAGCUGCGACAUGGCAAAGAGCAACAACAACAGGAAGUGGCCUGUAUGCAGGAUGUAUACAAACAGAAACUCAACGACCUUCGAAAGAAGUUCAAGACAGAGGUCAUGGAGAAGGAAGACACCAUUCUGGACCUUCGGAAACAACUUCAGUCAUGUGAAAGUUCCGUAACAGAUCAAUCAAUAUCUCCUGAAAAUUUAUCUCAGGAUGCUGCAUCCCUGAAGACACAGGUAGAGAAUUUGGAAGAGGAGAGGGUAGAUCACCUGGCCCAGAUUGAGAGACUGACCAUCCAAGUGAAGCAGUUGGGGGAUGAUCUGGAAUCAUCACAGACAAAUCGAGAGAAAGAUGUUGCACAGGUGCAGAAAACACUCCAAGACCGAGAGGCUGAGGUUGCAGCUCUAAGGAAGGAAUAUGAGAAGGUGUGCAGCAGUUUGCAUAGCACUAAAUACCAUCUUCUGGACCAGUUGGAUGCAAACCAUGCUCAGGCACUAGAUUUGCUAGGAGAUCUGCAGGAGGUCAGAAGGGUCAUGGGUUCUGAGGCAAGGACACACAGGCAGAGAGUGGCCAAGGAAAAACAGGAGUUGGUCAAUCAGAUCAUACAAUCUGGCAACAAGCAGCGUAACCUGAAGGACUGUGUGGCAGUUCUACAAGAGGAACAAGACGCCGUCACCACAGAAACCAAUGAGAUACUUACAGACUUGGGUAACACAGAGCAUCAAAAACUCACAGCAGGUAUCAUUGACUCCAUGGAGCAGGAAAACUUGAUUCUGAAAAAGAACGCUAUAGAACAUCAAGAGCAGAUAACUCUAUUGGAGAAGGCAUUACAGACUGUGAGCGUGGAGAGGCAACGAUCUGACAGUGGGGUGCAGUCAGCUUCUGACCAAGAUCAGCUUUCUGUUACAACGGAAAUGUCCGAGCUCUCACAGCGCAACAAACAGCUAGAUGAGCAGGUGGCUCUGUUACAGAAGCAGAUCAGCCAGUAUGAGCUGGAUAUUGAACAGUUUGAGAUGGUCAAGUCUGACUGGCAUUCGGAGAAGGAGGCUAUGGAGGAUGUGUUGAUGGAUCUGAGGGAGGAACUAAGGGACAAAGAAAACUCCCUUAACAUCCUACAGGCUGAAAAAGGUUUGGCCGAGGCUGAACGUAGAGGAAGGAGGGCCCAGGAGCUGGAGGAAACUGAGGCAGAGAGUGCUGAGAACGCCUCCCUCCCUGAUCCUGUAGAUAGUGACUCUGACAUUGACAAUAGCUCGGUUGACCUUGCCAUGGAGCUCGAGUCAUUUAGUCAAAAAGUGGAGCUACUAACUCAGGCUAAUGCACAGCUGGAAUAUGAGCGAGAUCUCUUAAUAUCUGAAAAGGCUUACAGUAAAGAUGAAGUGUCUGAAGAGGAAACCGGUGCCAAAUCAGAUGAACUUGUUGCCAUGGAGAAGAUGUUAGCAGUCAAAGACGACCAGAUAGCGGAGAUGACUGUUGACAAGGAAAGUCUGGAGGCACACAUAAAGGAGAUGACACUUCAACAUCAGCAGCAGAUACAGGAGGCAGUGCUUGCAUCCCAACAGGAGCUGAGCACCAGUGUUGAUCAAGUAUCACACUUACAGCAGGAUAUACAGCAACUACAACUGGACAAAAGUGCAUUGGAAACAAGUCUGGCUGAGACUGAGAAGACUGGGGAUAGUGAGAAUGCUAUCCAGGAACAGCUAGAUGCCAGUCUUUGUCAGGUAUCACGUCUCAAAACUGAGCUCCAGGAAAAAGAAGGACAAUUAUCAGAGGCCCAGACAGAAAAGACUGAACUGGAGACUGGUCUUGAGGAGCUGGAUGCCCAGAAUCAAGAGGCUAUGGACCAACUCAUUCGCAUACGUGAUGACCUGGUCAAACAAGUGGAACAGGCUCGUGUACAAGGCAACAGUGCAGUCGAAGAUACCAAAAAACUAACACAGCAAUUAGCAGAAACACAAAGAAAGCUGGAAGAAAGUCAGACAAGGAGUGAAAGCCUUCAGCAACAGUUGGACAGCGCUAAAGGUCAAUCAGAGGUCAAAGGGGAAAGUUCAUCAGAAGAAGUUGAAAAUUUAACCCAAGCUAAAGAUGAUCUAAUUGAACUGGUAAAAGAGGCGCGAAGUCAGGUGCAGGAGAAGGAGGAGAUGGUUCAGAAGUUAGAGGUGCAGUUAGAGGAGGCUCAGUGGCUGACCCAGGAGAAGGAGGAGCAGAUAUCCAACCUCCAACAACAACUCAUGUCCCUCAGGGAGUGGGAGGGUAUGGACGACCAGGCAGAUGUGUCAGAUACAGAUCUUUCCGAUAUUAAAGAUAAAAACUUGACUCUUGAAAAUGAUGUGAAUAGGUUAAAACAAUCCUUAACAGAACUCGAACAAGUCUGUGAUAAAAAGGAUAAUGAAAUAAAAGAUAUGAAACAGAAGUUACAAAGUGGAGCAUUAGCCGUAAAUGACCUCCAUAUGGACAUAAAAGACCUGGAGGACAGUCUUAAGAAAAGUGAUAAAACAAUAUCAGAAAAAGUGGCAACUAUUAAGACACUCCGAACUUCCAAAGUUGAGCUACAAACUAAGAUAAGUGAUCUAGAGGUCAGACUUUAUUCUUUACAGCAAUCUUAUGAAUCUCUUCAGAAAGAGAAUGGAGGAAAUUCGGAAUCAGAUAAUCUGAGGGAACGUUUGAGGGUUACAGAUGAGGAAAUUUCUUCCCUUAAAACAAACAUAGAAAAAUAUAAACAAAAACAGGAGGAAACUACAGCAGAAAAGGAAUGUCUUGAGCUUCACAUUAAAGAAUUAAAUACAAAAGUAGAGGAAUCUUCCAAACUUAAUGCAGACUUAACCCAGCAAUUGUCUAAAGAUAAAGAGUGCUUUGAAACUGAAUUAUCACAGUCAUCUGAUAAAAUUGCAAAGUUUGAACAGAAAAUACAUGCUCUUCAGUCAGAGAAGGAAUCACAAGAGAAAGACUUUAAGAUAACACAAGGAACGUAUGAAGGCAAGAUCAAAGACUGGGAGGAGUAUGUAAGGGAACUAAAGAAGGAGCAAGAGCUGGACUCGACCUCUCUAGAUGUGGAGCGGCAACGACUUAUUGAGGCCUGUCACAUGAAGGAUGUGGAGGUCACUGAACUACAGGGCAAGAUUGAGCACCUGAAAGGUGUGGCUGAGGACCUCAGGGAACAAAUGGAAUCGGCUUUGGACAAUCAUAAACAGCUGUCAGACCUUCUCCGGGAGAAGGAAAGCAACAUCCUGGCAAUUGGACAGGAAAAAGCCCAACUAGAGGAGGAACAGGAAGCAUCUAUAGCUAAGAUUAGAGAACAAGAUUUAAUGCUGAGGAAUCUACAAAGUCUGGAAGAGAGUUUACACACCCUCCAGGAGGAAAACAGGGGCCUCAGGACAGCAUUAGAGGACCUUAAGCAUUCAAAAGGUAACAGUACAGACUCCAGUACGAUUGAUGUUGUUACAGAUCUAGAAUCUGAACUCACCUUAACCAAACAGAGGAUAGCAGAACUAGAGCUAGAAAUAGCUGAAUACCAAAGUCAAGUUAAGGUCACAAGUUUUGUUGAGAAUGAAUCGGCAUUUAGCCGUGAGCAAGUAACACAGAUGGAGGAAGAAUUGGCUAUUUCAAGGCAGACUGUUUCUUCACAAGAUGACAAAGUCAGGGAACUUCAAAAUUCUUUACUGGAAAAGGACUCAGAAAUCAGUCAACUCGGUAGACAGCUGAAAGAGAUAUCAUCCACGGAAAAUGAUUUUAAGGCCAAUGGAAGCCAGGACUAUCCAGAUAAGAGUGAGACAGAGGUGAAUGAGGAUAUUCUAGUGAAGUCCUCAGCACAGACGGUGACAAUGCAGAAUGGAGGUUUAGGGGAUGAGGAUUGGGAAGGUGAGGAAAGUAAGGUGGUUGAGGAAAUGGAGCAGCUGCAACAGAUUAUUCAAGAGAAGGAUAAAGUGAUACGAGAGCUGCAGCUAAACAACACCUCAUUAUUGAAGAUGAUGGAUAACAAGGCGGCCAAGGGUGAACACAAUAUCCUGGAUGUACACAGGCUGGAGAACGAGGUCAGAGCACUUAAGAUGGAAAGGGAACAGAUUUUAGCAGUCAUGAAUGAGAAGUCACGGGAAUGUAGUAACCAAAGGAGUGAAGUUCAUCGCCUGAUGAACAUCAUAUCAGCUGAGAAAGUUGCUCUAGACAAGUUAACAACAGACAACCAAGAAUUAAUGCAGAAGAAAGAAAGUCCUCUGGAAGACAUGCACAAGGAGGCACUACAAAACCUGUCCAGGCUUGUCAGGGACAGGGAUAUGGAGGUAGAGGCCCUUACACAGAAGAAUCAGACACUGCUUCAGGUCCUGCAGGAGUCAUCUGCAGGGGGAAUGGAGGUCAGUAGCCUUAUGCAGGACAAGGAUAACCUGAGUAAGCAGCUGGCCACCCUUCAGGCAGAGAGGGAGCAAAUGGUCACCUUCCUCAACCAAAAACACCAAGAAAGUAUUGCCUACCACAAUGAGAUCCAGCGCCUCAGAAGUUAUAUGACCUCAGAGUCUGAAAAGUAUACACUAAUACAGCAGGACUUUGACAAACUGAAACCCCAAUUUGAAGACAAGAAACAGGCCCUGUUAAAAAUUCAGAAUGAGUUAAUUAACUACAAGCAGAAAUAUACAGAGCUUGAGGUGAAACAUGGGGAGUUGCUUCAGCGGUCAAAUGCGUCAGAGACGGUAGAUCUAUCGUCGUAUAACAGUCGUGUAGAGGAGGUUAAGUCUCUACAGGAAAAAAAUCUUGAGAUGAUAGAGGUCUUGAAUGAUAGGGACAGUAAAAUCCAGUCACUACACCAACAGUGUGUGGAGUGGAAGGAGAGUGUUGCCUGCAAGGACACAGAGAUCAGUGGCCUCCACAAACAACUAGACAGUCUGACAUUCCAGUUGCAGGGUCUACAGACCGAGCUUGAGGACCUCAACACCCAGAGGUCAUCACUCCAACAGAACUCCAAUGAGCAGGCUGCCCAGCUCCAGCACCUGAAGAAUGCCAAUGGUCAGUUAACAUUGGUGCUACAGCAACGGGAAUUUCAAUUAAAAAGUCUAGAGGAAAAGAGCCAGACACUAACAGCUAUUGUACAGGACCAGCAGAAAGGUACUGACCAACAGGAACAGGUUGACCGCCUCAUGCAGGAGAAUGAGGCCACACUGAACCAGGCCAGGAAGCUACAGACUGAACGUGACCAGGCCAUGAUGGUCGUAUCCCAGCACCAACAGUCUGUACUCCAGCUACAAAGGGAGGCUGCGUCACAGAAGGAAAGAGAAGCUAAGGCGUUGCGAGAGCUGGAGAGACUCAAAGGACACUUGUUACAGGUGGAAGAAAGCUACACAAAGGAAGCUCUAGAAGCGGAGGAAAGGGAGAAAGAUCUUAGGAACCGACUGGCAGGGGCAGAGGAAUCACUGAUUUCAUCAUCCUCCGCAGUAGAAAAUGCAAGCCAACAAGCCAGUCUACAAGUUGGCAGCCUCCACCAGCAGCUGAUGGCGGCGGCUACACAACGGGACCAAGCCUAUCUACAGAUCUCUGCUUUACAGGACCAAUGUCAGCAGUACAGCAUGUCUCUCGCAAAUCUACAGAUGGUCCUCGAGCAGUUUCAGCAAGAAAAGGAAGCUUUAGUGGCCACCGAGGUUGAGCACUACCUAAGGGAAAAUUCUUCUCUCCAGAAUUCUAAAGUUCAACUACAGAAAGAAUUAACCCAGACUAAGGAGAGUCUUUCAGAGGCAGAGGAUGGACUGGAAGCUGCUGCUCGUCUGAUGGAACAGCUGGACAAAAAGGAUGAAGCUCUGGCGGCCCUGAAGGAGGAAGUUCAACUACGAGAGACCACACUAAAGGCUGCAGAGGAGCAGAUAUCUGAACUACAAACGAUCCGAGAGUCUAAAGUUGAAAAGGUUGUGAUAAGGAACCUAUUCCUGGGAUACUUCACGACACCUAAGGAUCAACAGUAUCAAGUCCUCAAGGCAAUCGGCGGUGUGUUGAGUUUCACGCCCACAGACUUCGAGAAGAUAAAUGUUCUGAAUAAAGGCUGGAUACCAGGGUUCCUAAGGUUUGGUGGAGGAGCUGGCUCGCCCUCCCCAGUGUCUUCAUCUGUCCACACACCUCAGAGACUAAACAUGUCAACACCACGGGCAGAUAAAUCAUUUUCUGAGUUGUUUGUAAAGUUCUUGGAGAAGGAAUCAACGCCUCCCCCUCCUAGUCUUCGCCUCCCUGCAGAGGAGAUGGUCCUUGAUGUGCAGAGACACAAGGACAAGGCGGCCUACAACCCCUUUACUGCGCCCAGACAUGUGGCCAUGCCAGGACAGACAGGAACCAGUACAGCCUCUUACGACUCUCAUAUCCUCAUGUCCUCCGCUCCCAUGUCGCCAACGCUAGGCGUGUUCACGCCAAUAACAGCACAUAGCACACCUAUAAACACUUCAAGUGAAAUUCUUAAAGAUGUGCUAUCAUCUAGAUAGCAAAGGACAAUGUUUCGUGCCAGUGAUCAAUUUGAAAACUUCUUUUUUCCAAAUUAAGUGUUGUCCUUAAAACAAAUCUGUAAGAUAUAUACAUGAAUUUUUUCUUUCAAAAUAUUUCAUUUUGUUGGAAGUGGUCAUUUGAUUUCUAGGAAAACAUAUCAAGGACCUACAUUUCUGGUUUUGCAGAAAGCUAAUUAGUAAAUGAGUCUUACACAGGACACAAUUGACAUUGAAGUUAUGUGAGAACAUUUUCAGAACUGUGCAAUGAGUAAAUAAACAGGGAUAAUGAAUUUGAUUUUAUGCUAUGAAAUGUCCUGUUUUUUCGUGAUCAUUUCCAUUUUAGCUGGGAACAACUUUUAAUGCAUGAUUGAAUGUUUUGUGAAUGUGUGUAAGUUAAUGAGUUUGAAAUAUGAAUGAAACAUCAGCAUGUAUGAUUGAGUGUUCAUUAUCAAUAUCAUCAAAUUUAUCUUUAAUUUGUAAAUAUUUAAAGUACUGUGUACACAAAUAAUACCUUUAGACUUGUAUAUCACCUCAUUGAGGUGUAUACUGUACAUAAUUUAAAGUAGGUUAUGAGUAAUUUAUUUAUGACAUUGUAAGUUGUUGGUGUACAGGUACAUGCGACUGAGAGGGAAUGAAGUGGGAACUCUAUAUAGGGACACAGCAAAUAAAACAGGAAAUUAUCAUACUUUAUCAAGUCAGACAUAUUUUUCCAGUUUUUGGUUUUCCAUAUCUGAUAAAAAUGUUACUUAAAAAUGCUCAUUAUAUCAUUUUUCCUUGUUAUAUAAGAAUAAUGUCAAAUAGCAAAAUUUAGCUGGAUCUACUUUAUUAAUUCAUCUAAAUAGGAUUUAACAUAUUCACCCCUGAAUUUCAUAAUGAACUAGUCCAGCCUUUGAAUUGGAAGAGUUCAAAUGUCUCUUCAGGGGUGAAUGAGUUAAAAGCAUUAAAUCUUAAACUUAGUACUCCUGGCAUACACAUUACAUAAAUCUUUGUGUAUAUGUGUAUAAAUAUCAUAGCAAAGGAGGGGAAGAUGGUGUUAUAAGUGCGCUGUGAUCUGUACAGGUUGUACAUAGAAUCUGUAUGUACUGGUAUAGGUUAUACAUGUACAUGUGGUUUAACCGACAACUGGAAAGAGAUUAUAAAGAAAAGGUUAUAAAACA